AUGGCUUCACAAUCAAGAUGGACGAAACCGGUACCAGAAAAAGAAGUGCUCCGCCGAUUAAUUGCCGAACACAGAAAACUGUGCACAAGUCAGAAGGCUAAUUCUGCGACCUCUUCUAGACAUGAAGAUGUUGAUUAUCACGAGGCCAAAGACCUCUCUAUCACGGAAAUAAAGGAGGAACUAGAAGAGCUCAAGCAGAAAUUAGAUGAUCCGGACUUUAGUUUGGUUACACGAGGCGAUCGUAACGUGACCUAUCGUGCUUGCAGUGAUGGGGUCCGACGUCUUACAGUGAAAAAUAUAAAUACACGCUCUAAACCAAAAGAUGUUAAAAGAAACGAUGUGAGUGAUGUGAUUGAUUAUAUUCUCAAAUCCAUCGAAGAAAACAUGAGGGAAACACAUCAAGGGGGGUAUUACCAAAAAAGAAAUGGCGAUAAAAAGUUCAAGAAAGAACAAAUGUACGACAUUAUUGAUGAUAUAUGUUGCACUAUAGGGUGCACAAUUCCAAGUUUCCCCGUAGAUGCUGCUGAAAAAGCUUUUGUUGGAGGUCGGCUUUCGUGGAUGCAGAAUGGUUACCCAACCUAUUGUCAAAGCCGAGAUGAUGGGGUGGCCGUCCCUAAUUUGCGUUCAAAGAUGAUUUGGAGAAUCAUGAAGCCAAGCAUGGGAAUGCCCGGGGUGGGGGGCAGAAGAUUUAUAAAGCUGUUGUGGGAGACUUUCAGGCUUCCCACGUAUGGCCUUUUCGAUUGUGAUCCAUCAGGUAUCAUAAUAUUCAACACUUAUACUGUUGGGUCGAUUGAAAAGGCCUACGACAAUGUAAGUUUAACUUGUCCGUCGAUGACAUGGUUAGGUGUUUGGCCGAGUGACCUAAGAGACCUUGAGAUAGCCGGGGAGGAUUUGAGUGAAAAGAAUAUUCAAGAAGUAGACAAUCUUUUGAAGAAAGAAUUUGUUAAAGAUAAUCCGAGGUUGAAAGAAGAGCUGAAAGAAAUGAAAAGGACAGGGAAAAAAGCCAACCUGGAAGCUUUGAAGGAGAAAUUUGGACCCGCUUGGUUGUCAAAGGGCUUUUUGCCGUAUAAGUUGCAUCGUCUUUUGACCGUGAAGUGA